AUGGCACCAAGUAAGUGGCCAAACUUCCCUCGAGCUCUGGCACUUGUGGCUAGUGUGGUUAGCUUCAGCACGGCCCAGGGCUCAGAGGAGGCACGAUGGCCGCUACAGACAUACAAGAGCUCCUCAAUUAAAACACCAUAUCUGAAUGUCUCAAAGAUGGGCCAGACCGAGCCUGGGUAUCUAUUCUUUGCCCCGCAAGAUAUCCUACGAGGCACUGGUCAUCCUUCCAUCUACUCUGAUGACGGACAACUUGUAUGGCAGGGUGUCAAUGGUAACCAGUCCGCUCUACAGCCUCAGACUCUUGAUGGAGAGCCUGUGAUCGCCUACUGGGAAGGGUAUAACGGUGAGGGCUUCGGGUUCGGCCACAUUAGUAUCCUCAACAGCUCAUACGAUGAGAUCCAUCGUGUUACUUUGGAUUGCAAAGAGCAGAACUUUGUGACCAUCUUCGAUCCUAUGAUAUUCAACUCAUGUAUCGACAUCCAUGAGAGCCAAAUUACCGACAACGGAACAUUACUAGUCACUGCUGUUAAUGUGACGCAGGCUGAUCUAAGCUCUGUUGGAGGUCCCAAGGACGGCUGGAUUCAAGAUGGUAUUAUCUAUGAGAUUGAUAUAAAAACCAACGAGGUCCUCUUCCGCUGGAGCGCAUAUGAGCAUGUCUAUGAGGUCCCUAUGACCUACGAUAUUGCUCCUUUCGGAGCAUCAGGUGCCGGUACUGGCACAAACAAGACCGACCCAUGGGGUUAUCCUCAUCUGAACUCCAUCGCUAAGUAUGGAGAACACUACCUCGUGUCAUCACGUUACAUGUGCAGUAUCUUUUGGAUCGCCCCCGACGGGACCAUCGAUUGGCAUCUUCAUGGUCGAACCGGUGGAGACUUCAAUCUUACCCUCGACACAAGUUUUUGUUACCAGCACGAUGUCCGCAUUGAGUCGCAGUCUGCAGACAGUGUGACGCUCGGGCUUCAUAAUAAUGAUAACACUGAAUUCACAGGAAGCUCCUCCUUCACGACAGGUAUGGUAAUAGAACUUGAACUCCAGGGUUCGAAGAAAGUUACCCUUAAGCGCCGAAUGUGGGAUGCGGGAGAUCCAGUAUUCGCUCAAUCUCAGGGUAGUUAUCAAGCCUUAGGAAAUCAUCAUGUUCUCCAGGAUCAUGGUGCGGUGCCUAAGAUUGAAGAGUAUGAUGAGAAUGGUGCGACUGUAAUGCGUGCUUGGUUUGGUUAUGAGGAUACUAUGCAGACAUACCGCGCUUACCGAUAUCCGUGGACUGGUCACCCCUCAACAAAGCCGGAUGUGGUGGCUUGCCCAUCUGGUGAUAACGCUGCCGUGUAUGUGAGUUGGAACGGAGCAACUGAUGUGGACGCCUGGAAGGUAUAUUCUGGGUCUCAGGUUAAGAAGACAGCGCAGCGAAGUGGAUUUGAGACUAGUAUUCUUGUUAGCGGAUUAUCAAAGGGCGAAUCUGUGGUUGUUGAGGCUGUUGGUGGCGCUGGUGAUGGCACAAAGUCUGCAUCUACUCGCGUGGGAGUGAACUGUUGA